CUGAAGAAUUGAUAGCAAAGCCAUCAAGAACUCCAAAGCUCAACCAUUAUGUCUCAAGACCCCGAACCCAACGCCGUCCAAAUCACCCACCCUCACCCCAACAUAACCCUCAUUACCCUCUCCCGCCCACACAGACGCAACGCAGUAAACGCCCCGACAGCCGACAAACUCUUCGCGGCAUUCCAAGCCUUCGAAAAUGACCCCGACCAAAAAAUCGCAAUCCUCACAGGCGAUAACGGCCACCAGCAGCCCGCCUUCUGCGCAGGCUACGACCUCCACACCGUAAAACCAUCCAACUCCGUCCCUUUGACCUCCGCCAAAACAGGUCAAACCCUCAACAGCCUUGGUCCCAUGGGCCCCUCUCGUAUGCUCCUGUCCAAACCACUCAUAGCCGCAAUCUCCGGCCCAGCAGUAGCAGGCGGUUUCGAACUCUCCCUCCUGGCCGACAUGCGCGUCAUAGCACCAAACGCCUUCUUUGGAGUCUUCUGUCGCCGCUGGGGAGUCCCACUCCUCGAUGGCGGAACCGUACGACUUCAGCGUCUGAUUGGUCUUUCCAGAGCAUUAGAUCUGACAUUGACCGGAAGGCCGGUGUAUGCCGAAGAAGCGAUGCAAAUCGGACUUGCAAAUCGAUUAGCACCUGAAGGAACAGAUGUCGUGGAAGAAGCCGUCAAAUUGGCAGAGUCGUUGUUGAAAUUCCCGCAGUUGUGUAUGAAUCUGGACCGCAAAUCAGCUUACUUUGCUGCGUACGAUUCGGGAAGUCUGAACGAUGCAUUGAAAUAUGAAUACGAGAAUGGUAUCGAAGCAGUUAGAGCGGAGGGUGCGGCAGGUGCAAAGAGAUUCAGUGAGGGGAGUGGAAGGCAUGGAAGCUUCAAAUUGUAG